UUUGGUCAUGGCCGGCGGAUCUGCCCAGGACGCGACUUUGCAAAUAACAGUUUAUUCAUCGCCUGUGCUUGGAUGUUGUGGGCUUUCAACUUUGAAUGGCCGCGCGACGAAGAGGGAAGGGAUAUUGUUUGCGGCGUGGACGAAUUUGUGGACAAAGGGAAUGUAACUGGUCCUCGGGAGUUCGGAGUGAUUCUAAAGCCAAGGAAAGCAAAGCUU